ACCUUUAGGCUUGCCGUAGCUCAGCACGGCGGGAUUGACUGAAAAUACUGAAAGUAGCAUGUGUUGUCAAUCUGCUUUUAAAAUCCACUAAGUCAUAUUUGACCUGACGGUAAGGAGAACUGACAGCACAAGGUAACCUUCACUGCUUAUAACCCACUGUUUACUAAACGGGUUAAGUUAAAUUAUUUAUUUUAACUCGUUAUUUAGCAAGUUUAUUUAGCUAGCUAGCUGGCCGGGGCAUCUUAAAAUACGCAGUCCCGUCUGAGGUUUAAGCUUGAUAUCUGCGUGUUUGACUCCGCUAGUGGUCCGUAGUGUGUCUCCGGGGUCUGGAAGCAGGGACUGACCGCGGUGGAGAUGUGCUCUCUGGCUCUGUUUCCCCCUCCGCUGCCCCCCGGACAGACCACCCUGUGCGAGUCCAACAACGAGCUGCUGUCUGGAGCCAACAACUCCGAGGACGCGCAGGACUCCGGUCCUCUGAGUCUGCAUUUCCCCAGAGAGUCCCUGAAGCUCCACAGCCGCACGGAAAGCAGCAGCAAGGCGGCCUUCCUGGACCACUCCGAAACUCUGUGGAUGAGAAGCGCCGCAGCUUGGCGGGAUGGCGGGUUCACUGGGCUGCUCAAUGAAGUCACCACCUCACAUGCAGAGGUGCCAAAGUGGCUGUCCGUGACGUCUGGGUGCAUCCUGGCGUUGCUGCGGUGGGUCUCCUCUUUUCACGGCUCCCUGUACCCUCAUGUAACACUAAGCAGUGAGGACAUGAUCGCCGAGUUCUCACAGGUGCUAAACUGGCAUGACUGUGUGGUGCGAGCCUUCGCCUGGCACCCACACACGGACAAAUUCGCCGUAGCUUUGCUGGAUGACUCCAUCAAGAUCUACAACCCCAAAAGUGCCAUAAGUCCCACACUGAAGCACCGUCUACAGAGGAACGUCGCAGCAGUGCAGUGGAAACCCCUGUGUGCGUCCGCGCUGGCCGUGGCAUGUCAGAACUGUGUGCUGGUGUGGAACGUCGACCCCUGCUCACUGUCUACAAGGCCUUCUUCUGGCUGUGCUCAAGUGUUGUCCCACCCGGGUCACUCUCCGGUCACGUCCAUCGCCUGGUCUCCGAGCGGAUCCCUCCUUGUGUCUGCCUCCCCGCUGGACACGGCCAUGAUGGUUUGGGAUGUCGCUGCAGAGAGCUGCGUGCCCCUUCAGCGCGUUGGAGGAGGGGGCGUCACCUUCCUGUCCUGGUCCCCAGACGGCAGCCACAUCCUGGCGUGCACACCGUCCGCCUUGUUCAGGGUUUGGGAGACCAGGAUGUGGACCUGCGAGCGUUGGCCGUGCAUAAAAGGGCGCUGCCAGUCUGGCUGUUGGAGUCCGGAUGGGAGUCGACUUCUCUUCACAGUUCAAGGAGAGAUGGUCAUCUACGCUCUGACCUUCUCUGGCUCACCAGGUGUUCCUCCAAGCAUGGUCAAAGGGCCCCAGACGGCAGUAGUUGUGGCUGACCUCUCAGAGACGACCUUCAACGGACCAGAUGGCGACAUCAUUGUCGGCGGCGAGAUUCAGUCUCUGUCCUGGGAUCCACGAGGGGAACGGCUCGCAGUGCUUCUCAAAGGCGAUCCUCAAGCAGCAAACCGACCUGCAAUCAUUGCUGUCUUCAAAACAAGAGCCAACCCCAUCUUUGAGCUUCUGCCUUGCGGGUUUGUUCAAGGAGAACUGGGCGCAGAAGCGAGACUGAUGGAGUUUCACCCAAAUUUCCAGCACGGGGCUCUGCUCACUGUGUGUUGGUCGAGUGGAAAAAUUACUCACAUCCCUUUCUACUUCCUGAGCUCCGGCGUCUCCCACGUUGACCUCAGCCGGAGUCCACCUCUGCCUCACCCACAUGAAAGACCCGCUGACUUUGCUAAUCAGUCACUCUUCACAGAGCUCAUCUCCUGAUGAACGUCGGUCAAAGUUUGAUGACAGAAAUAUUGUUUUUAAGGUUUUGAAUAAAAUUAUGUAAAAAGUU